GCCGCCAUUCACAUUCACAUUCCGGGAAAAGGAGCAGGUCUGCAGAGGAGGAGGAAAAAGAGAAAACAAAUAGGAUUUUCUCUCCCCCUACCCCCGUCGAAAAAAGACAGUGAAGAAGGCAGUCAAAAUUCUGGUGGGCCAUGUCCAAUGGAAAUAACGAAGAAAGCAUUUAAAUACAUGGAGUGUGAAAAGAGAGACGAUAAACAAUUUGAAAGCAUGGAGUGUGGAAAGAGCUUCACUGACAGUGGACAACUUAGAAUACAUCAACGGACUCACACGGGGGAGAAACCAUUUAAAUGCAUGGAAUGUGGAAAGAGCUUCAGUCAGAGUGGAGCCCUUAGAAUACAUCAACAGAGUCACACGGGGGAGAAACCAUUUAAAUGUAUGGAGUGUGGAAAGAGCUUCAGUCAGAGUGGAGCCCUUAGAAUACAUCAACGGAUUCACACGGGGGAGAAACCAUUUAAAUGUAUGGAGUGUGGAAAGAGCUUCAGUCAGAGUGGAGCCCUUAGAAUACAUCAACGGAGUCACACGGGGGAGAAACCAUUUAAAUGUAUGGAGUGUGGAAAGAGCUUCAGUCAGAGCUGGGUCCUUAGAAUUCAUCAACGGACUCACACGGGGGAGAAACCAUUUAAAUGUAUGGAGUGUGGAAAGAGCUUCAGUGAGAGUGGACACCUUAGAAAACAUCAACGGAGUCACACGGGGGAGAAACCAUUUAAAUGUAUGGAGUGUGGAAAGAGCUUCAGUCAGAGUGGACACCUCAGAAUACAUCAACGGAGUCACACGGGGGAGAAACCAUUUAAAUGUAUGGAGUGUGAAAAGAGCUUCAGUCAGAGUGGAGACCUUAGAAUACAUCAACGGACUCACACGGGGGAGAAACCAUUUAAAUGUAUGGAGUGCGGAAAGAGCUUCAGUGAGAGUGGAGUACUAAGAAAACAUCAACGGAUUCACACGGGGGAGAAACCCUUUCAGUGCAUGGAGUGUGGAAAGAGCUUCAGUCAGAGUGGACACCUUAGAAUACAUCAACGGACUCACACGGGGGAGAAACCAUUUAAAUGUAUGGAGUGUGGAAAGUGCUUCAGUCACAGUGGAGACCUUAGAAAACAUCAACGGAUUCACACGGGGGAGAAACCAUUUAAAUGUAUGGAGUGUGGAAAGAGCUUCAGUCAGAGCUGGGUCCUUAGAAUUCAUCAACGGACUCACACGGGGGAGAAACCAUUUAAAUGUGUGGAGUGUGGAAAGUGCUUCAGUCAGAGUGGAAAACUUAGAAUACAUCAACGUGAAGAGAAUCCCUAAAGGAAAAUCGCUUCCCCCUCCCCGGGAGCGGGGAACCGAUCAGCUCAGCAUAGCAUUGUGACGUCAUAAAGGAAAAGAGGUUGUGAGCUUUUGUUUCCUUUUGGCUGCCUUUGAAGUAUCUGCUGCACUUCUGAGCUGGAGGAAAGGCCUAAUUUAAGGGGAAUUGCAACAUUUCAAUCUUCAGGCAACAAAACAUAAAUUACUUUGUAUAAAAGGUUGGAAACAUACUGGAUACAAUUUUGGACUGUGUACAGUGGUGCCUCGCUAGACGAAUUUAAUUCUUUCCACGGGUCUUUUCUUAUAAAGAAAAAUUCGUCUAGCGAAUCCCAUAGGAAUGCCUUGAAUUUUUUUUUUGCCCAUAGGAACGCAUUAAUUGAAUUUCAAUGCAUUGCUAUGGGAAACCGCGAUUCGCUAGACAAAUUUUUCAUAAAACGAAUUCGUCUAGCGAGGCAACCUCCGCUCGAAAAAUCCUUUCGUUAAGCGGAAAUUUCGUUAAGCAGGGCAUUCGUUAAGCGAGGCACCACUGUAUUUACUCCCUGACUGUGGCUCUUCCUAGCUGGGAAAGGAAUUGAGAUAAGCCUGACCUUGAGGCUCUUGAGACUGAGAAAUAUUUUCACUAUAAUAACAGUAUGUCAGGCACUGAUACAGCAGCAGCUGCCUCUUAAAGAGCAAGGAGGAAAGGGUCUAUAUCACCAUCAUUCGAAGACCAAGUGUUGCAGGCACUUGCUGGUCUCAAGGAAGGGCAGGAUCGCAAUUCUGAAGAAUUAAAGAGGACUACGGAAGAAUUAAAACGGAUUAAAGGUGAACUUAGUUCCUUGAAUAAAGAAAUUAAACAGGUGAAGACACAGGUGGCAGGAGUAGAUGAAAGAGUUACUCAAUUGGAGACAGGGAAAGUCCAAGACCUGGAAAAGCAGACAUACCAGGCGCAGGUGGCGAUCGCAUUUCUUCAGAUGAAACAGAGGGAGACGAAUCUCAGGAUUCACGGUUUUCCAUUGACAAUGUCUCUUGGAUGUUCUUAAAGAAGAAUUUAGAAAAGAUGGAGACUAAAGCACACAAAAGAUUGAAUAUGGAAACCAGUUGGUUAAAAUAUAGGGACAUGUUGAUAGAAGAAGGAGACCAAUUUAAGUUAAAAACAUAUGAACAGUUGAAGACUAAGCUUCAUGAUUGGCUCCAAUAUUAUCAGAUCAAUGAAGUUUUUAAACUGGAUAGGAAAAUUGUCUUCCAAUCAGAGAAGUCAAAGUUGGAAAUAGAAUUGUUAGAACCAAAAACAAAAAUACUUUCCAGAAUGUAUAAGUUAUUGCUUGAGUGGCAUACGAAAGAUGAACAAAGAAUGUCAUGAUAUUGUGGGCAAAGGAUGUGGGAUAUAAUAGUCUGAUGAAAGAUUGGGGAAAAUUAUGGAAACAGAAUUUGAAAUUUACUGUGUGUAAUCUUUUAAGAGAAAAUAUAAUGAAAAUGAUGUAUAGAUGGUAUCUUACACCAGUAAAACUAGCUAAGAUCUAUCAUAAUCAGUAUAAUAAAUGUUGGAAAUGUAAGAAAGAGAAAGGAUCUUUUUAUCAUAUGUGGUGGACUUGCCCACUAUUAAGGGAUUUCUGGGAGAAGAUUUAUAAUGAAUUAAAGAGAGUGUUGAAAAACAUUUAUUCAGAAACCAGAAUCUUUUCUAUUGGGUAUAGUUGGAAAAGAGAUUCCUAAGAAAAACGUUAAUUUUUUUAUGUAUGCUACAACGGCGGCAAGAGCAUUAUUAGCCAAGAACUGGAAGCCCCAAGAAUUACCAACAGUGGACGAUUGGCAAAUGAAAAUGAUGGAGUACAUGGAACUGGCUGAGAUGGCCAGGAGAAUACGCGACCGGGGAGCAGAAGCAACAGAAGAAGAGUGGAAAGAUUUUAAAGUUUAUUUUAAAAAAUAUGGUAAAAUUGUAUAUUGAGAUUAGAUUUAGAAGUUUAUAGAAACUGCGGGUUUGAGAAUUAUGUUAAGUAAAUGGAUGUAUGAGAGAUUUGAAAUUGCAAGGAGUUUUAAACAAUGAAUUGGAAAUUGCUAAAGAUAAAGGAGAAAUGAACCGCAGACAGAGGGAACUCGAGGAAGUCCCUUUUUACAAUGUUAAAGAAAAUGAAUUAUGGUAUCUUGAUUUUUGUGUUUUUUAUUGUUGUUUUUUGUAAUGUCAUUUUUUUCUUGUUAUUUUUGUUUGUAUUUUUUGUGUUUAAAGUGUUGUGUUUUUCUGUAAAACCAAUAAAAAUCAUUUAUAAAGGGCAUUGUAAAUCAUAUAAUAAGAUAUCCAUUAUUUAAAGUGUGGGAAUAAUAUAAACUGUUUUUAGAACCUAAGACGCCAAAAUGGUCAUCCCCCUUAGAAGCAAUCGCGGUUAAAAAAAGAAUAUGAAAGGAUGUUGGGCAACAUAUAAUAAUUUGUUGAUAGAAGAAGACGGCCAAAUAAAAAUUAAAAAAUGUGAAAAUGUGAAAAUUUAUUUUUCAACCUGGCUAGAAUAUUACCAAACGUAUG